CCAUCUUCUUCACAGUACUACCUUUCUAUAUGAGAACUUGCGCACCCCGUAUUAGCCACAGCCCUGCUUAUUCAUCUUCGCUUACCACCACCCAACACUCACAUUCCUCUUCAGCAUACCCUCAUUCACUUUUUACACAACCCUCGUCAUGGAUUUCGACAAACGCAUCGACACGUGCAACAUGGAUAAGGCUCUAGAGUGGGGAGUGUUGUUCGACGAGCAACGAAACACAGCACUGCCACAAUGGCUGUCUGGCUACCGCAACCAUCAGCCAUGCGAGGUCCUAACAACGUACCAUGGUUCCUUCAACUGGAGUUGCAGCGUUCGUUUCAACGACGGCAUCACUUGGCUGGUGCGAUUCGCCGUACCGGGAAAGGUCAUGGACGGAGACGCCAAGGUGGUUCGAGAAGUGGCAACCAUGUACUAUGUCAAGUCGCACACAACCAUGCCCGUCCCGGCCAUCCACCACUGGGAUCUUUCAAAGGGCAAUCCCUUGGGCCUAGGCGCCUUUAUCAUCAUGGACUUCAUCCCAGGAAUGCCCCUCCGUGAUCUACUAACAGACGAAACCGAUCCCGACUCGAAGAAACUGAAAUCCGACUUCCCCGACGAAAAACUAUGCAUUCUCUAUCGACAAAUCGCCGACUUUCACCUGCAACUAUACCAGCUGGACUUUUCCUCUAUUGGCGCGCUAUCAUUCGGCAACGACGGGAACAUCGCGGUGAACGCUCCACCGUUGACCCUUAAGAUGCAGGAAAUCGAGGCCCAUAGCGGACUGAAAAUCGCGGCUUGUGAGAACCAGCUCUCGUCAGCUACAGACUACUUUAAUUACGUUGCCCAACAGGAUCUUCAGCACUUGCAUGAGCAAGCUAACUCAGUCGACGACGCCACGGAUGCCGAAGCCAAGCUUGUCUUUCGACAUCAGCUCAUUGCGAGCAUCCCCCAGUUCGUCCGCCGUGAUUACGAUCUCGACCCGUUCAAGCUGGCAUGCGAUGACAUGCGUUACGGAAACAUGCUCAUCGACAAUCCGCAGGAUCUAAACAUCGCCGCCGUGAUCGACUGGGAAUGGACAAACAUAGUGCCUGCCCAGAUGACCCAGUCGCCGCCGCAAUGGCUUUUGAUUCGGAAACCAGCCGAUUGGUCUAGUUGCGAUGGCGACGAGUUUGAUCGGUACAAUCACCUGCUCAAUCUCUACCUCAAUGAGAUGGAGAAACUAGGGUCGAGCAGGAACACAGAGACAGAGGACAGCCUGUCACGCCUCAUGCGUCAGUCGAUGUCAGACGGCAAGUUCUGGUUCCAUGCGCUCAUCCUGUCAUGCUAUGACGCCGACUACUCUUCCCCAUAGAAAGCGCUCCGGAAGUUGAUCCCAGACCUAGAUAAGCGUGGCUGUCUUCCUGAACCGUACAGGCGGGCUUUUGUCGAUAAGAAGCUGGGAGAUUUGGCCACGUACACGGCUUCGUGGAAGGCAAUGCAGGCUGAGAGGGAGAUGGAGAAGAAGCGGAAGGAGAGGGAGUUGGACGACGCCAUCCCCAGGGUCUUGGCAGAGGAACCCGACAAUGCCGACGCUCUGAAACUGGCUCGUCGGAGGGGCCUUAUCGUAUAAGUACUGGUGGUGAUUUUGUGUGAAGCUGAGCACUGGCCCGAAGCGUUGAUACUAAUUUUGCCUCAGCGGCACGAUUCAUAUGCAGGAAAUCUCUCUCCCCUUGUG